UCUCUUGAGUUUUCCAUAAACUAGCUGAUGGAGUGGUUCUUGGUAUUCGCAGGGCUUUUUGGCUUUCAUUUCGCAACAGCCAACACUACCUAUGACUAUUAUCGUUUGCCGACGGCUCUGUGGCCAAGAAAGUAUAAUUUGCACAUUCUGACUCGGCUUGAAAAUCCGGAAGAUCUGCAAUUUUCCGGUUUUGUCAAAAUUUCUAUACAGCCACUGGAAAACACCAAGAAUAUAACCCUGCACUCGAAGUACCUUACAAUUGAUGAGUCUCAGACCACUCUCAAGCAAAUCAGUGACAAUCCAAAGGAUAACUGCGUCACCUCUACGUCUGUCAAUGAAGAGCACGAAUUCUAUAUCCUUCACGUAUGUGAAGAGCUGCUGGUCGGUGUUAUUUACGAACUGACUCUGGCCUUUUCUGGCAAACUAAACAACAAACUAAGUGGAUAUUACCGAAGCUCCUACAAGGACUCUGCGACCGGAGAGACAAGAUGGCUCUCUGUUACUCAAUUUGAACCAUCACAUGCGCGUAUGGCCUUUCCCUGUUUUGACGAACCACAUUUCAAGUCGAUUUUUGUGAUUAGCUUGGGGCAUCAUAAGAAAUAUACUGCUCUGAGUAAUAUGCCACUAAAUAGAACCACACCAAAUGAUUCAGAUCCAGAUUUUAUAUGGACCGAAUUUAAUGAUUCUUUACCAAUGCCUACAUAUUUAGUGGCAUAUUCUAUUCAUGAUUUUAGUCACAAGCCCUCAACUUUACCAAAUGGAACUCUUUUCCGCACUUGGGCUAGGGCCGAUGUCAUCGAACAAUGUGACUUUGCGGCGGAGUUUGGACCCAAAGUUUUGAGAUACUUUGAGGAUUUCUUCGGUCUUCCAUACCCACUGCCCAAGUUGGAUCAGCUUGCCUUACCUGACUUUUCCGCGAAUGGCAUGGAGAACUGGGGUUUAGUAACCUAUAGGGAAUUUUCACUCCUCUACGCCAACAAUCGCACUUCUCUCGAAGACAAGGGGAGUGUGGCAAAUAUUAUUUCACACGAGAUGGCCCACCAGUGGUUUGGUAAUCUGGUGACGAUGAACUGGUGGUCAGACUUGUGGCUUAAUGAGGGAUUCGCCACCUAUGUGGCUAUGUUGGGAGUCGGUAAUGUACAUCCGGAGUGGAAGGCUAUGGACCGAGAAUUUGUACAGGACCAGAUGAUCACAUUCCGACUGGAUGCAUUAGAGAGCAGUCAUCCCAUAUCGCAACCUAUUAAAUCGGUAUCGGAUAUUGCGGCCAGAUUCGAUGCGAUUUCCUAUAAAAAAGGAGCUGCUGUUGUCCGCAUGAUGCAUUUAUUUAUGGGUGAAGAGGCCUUUCGCUCCGGCUUAACGUCUUACCUAGAGGUCUAUGCCUACAAAAAUGCAGAGCAAGACGAUCUCUGGCAAUCCCUUUCAAAAGCUACUCACCAGUUUGAUUCUUUGCCUGAAAAAUACGAUAUAAAAACUAUAAUGGAUUCAUGGACUUUGCAAACAGGCUUUCCCGUUAUCAACAUAUUCCGAGACUAUUCAAGCAAUACAGCCAUAAUCAGUCAAGAGCGCUUCCUUCUGAACACCGAGGCACCAGACUCCAGCCGAAAAGGAUGUUGGUGGGUGCCUCUGAGCUACACCUCUCAGUCUGAGAAAAAUUUUAAUAAUUUAAAACCAAAAGCUUGGCUGGAAUGCGACCAGGACGGAAACAGUCAAGCGAUAGCAAUCCAACGUAUGCCAAAGUCAGACCAGUGGGUGAUUUUCAACAAACAAAUGUCAGCUAUUUGUAAGAUCAACUACGAUGUCCAGAACUGGAAGUUGAUCAUUGAGACUUUGACCUCAGGAAAUUUUGAAAUCAUACAUCAAAUGAAUAGAGCCCAAUUAAUUGACGAUAUAUUGCAGCUUGCCAGAUCAGGAGAACAAGACUACGGCUUAGCCUUAAAACUAAUUAGUUAUUUGGAAAAAGAACGAUCGUAUGUGCCAUGGUUCAUGGCUCUAAAAAAUCUCGAGAUAUUGGGUGGCAUACUUCAGAAAACUGACACUUUUGGUUUGUUUAAGCGGCUUAUGGUAAAUUUAAUCACACCGAUUUACAAAUUUCUGAAUGGCUUCGACGACAACUUUAAUUCAAUGAAAAGUCAGGACGAAGUCCUCUUAAAAACCUUGAUUCUAAUUUGGGCUUGUCAGUACGAGGUUUUAGAUUGUGUGGCCAGAGCCAAAGACUACUUCCGUAGAUGGAAAUCGGAGAUAAAUCCGGAUGAAAAUAAUCCAAUACCAACAAACUUACGUGGAAUUGUGCACUGCAUCGCCAUAAAAAAUGGAACCAGUGAGGAUUGGGAGUUCCUUUGGACAAGAUACCAAAACUCAAAUGUGGCUGGUGAACGAAGAUCAAUUCUAAGUUCCUUGGGUUGUUCUCUGGACAAUAAUGACCUUAAGCGCUACCUAGACCUCAUUUUUGAUCCAAAGGAGCUCAUUCGUAAACAGGACUCUGCAUGGAGUUUCACAGCGUUGGCUUCUGGAAAAGUGGGCUUCCCACUGGCAAAGAAAUAUUUUAUAGACAACGUGGAUACUAUAUACAAGUACUAUUAUCCUGCGACAAAGAGCUUUAGACUCCUUUUUAACCCAUUUGCCCUGAACCUUGCCAACCGCACGGAACUGGAUGAGUUCGAAGAAUUUGUGGAACAAUCAGAAGAGUCCUUUAUAGGUGUGGAGGACACCGUUCAGCAGACCCUUGAACAAAUUGUAAUUAAUGUUCAGUGGAUGGAAAGUAUCUAUCCGAAGUUUUCGCAGUCUCUUCAAGAUCAUUUGUCAACCAAUUCUGUUGAUAAGUAGUCUGCUAUAGUAACUAUUCAAAAGUUGGAAUAAAAGUUGCUGCUUAUUACUAUCAAUGCUAA